AUGGCGCGUGUUCCCUAUGUUUCAAGAGAGGACUUGCCCGCCGAAAAGCAGUCGAUAUAUGACCACAUCGAAGCGACACGGGGCGGCAUAGACGGCAAAGGAAUACCGAACUCUUUUCGGCUACUGCUGAACAGCCCAGACGCCGCCGAAGCCGUCGGCACGCUGGGCGAGCACAUUCGGCUGGGUUCCACGCUUCAUCCUGCAUUUCGAGAGACGGCGAUACUCGGCGUUGCCCGUGCGCUCGACAGCCAGUAUGUCUGGGCGCACCACGAGCCUAUUGCAAGGUCUGUCGGCGUGCGCCCGCAAGUCAUUGAGUCUAUUCGCAGCGGCAGGGCGCCGAUGGGCUUGCCGCCCAAAGAAGGAGUGUUCGCGCAGGCAGGCAAGGAAUACGUGCGAAACGGGUCGCUAAGCGAGCGCACAUUUCAAGCGGUCGAGCAUCUGUUGGGGCCACAGGGAGCGGUAGAGCUUGUGGUCGUUAUCGGAUACUACGCGAUGCUGAACGCGGUCCUCGGUUCGCUAGGAAUAGAGCUGGACGAGCACCUUGAGGCGUCCUUGCCUGUGUAG